AUGCCAUGGACAUGGAAUAAUAUAGGUCUCAAAGUGACCAACAUCACCUACUGGAGAUGCAGUAGGGCGAAUAAUGGAGGAAGAAUCAUGGCGGAUAUGAGUAUAAGCACCGCCAACUGCUUGGCACAACCUGCGCAACUCCAAGGUGAAACUCCAACUGGCCGGGGCUCCGCCGUUGCGGCUAGGCACGAAGAGGAGGGCACUGACGACGAAUGGCUCAUGUACCUGGAGCCGGCGAAGCUAGAGCCGUUCGAUCAUCUGGAGCCUUGGGCGGAGGCGAAUGUGGUGCCGCUCCUUAAGCCCGCGCAGGUGGCGUGGCAGCCGACGGACUUGCUGCCGGACCUAGCGUCGCUGGGCGCCGACGGCUUCCACGCGGCGUGCUCCGACAUCGCAGCGCGCGCGGCCGAUCUGCCCGACGCGCACCUCGUGUGCCUCGUCGGGAACAUGGUGACGGAGGAGGCACUGCCGACGUACCAGAGUAUACCCAACCGCUUCGAGGCCGUGCGCGACCUCACCGGCUCCAGCGCCACUGCCUGGGCGCGCUGGAUCCGCGGCUGGUCCGCCGAGGAGAACCGCCACGGCGAUGUGCUCAACAGAUACCUCUUCCUCUCCGGCCGCGUUGACAUGCGGCAGGUCGAGAGGACGAUCCACAACCUCAUCCAGUCCGGCAUGGUCAUGAACGCCGCGCGGAGCCCCUACCAUGGCUUCAUCUACGUCGCCUUUCAGGAGCGUGCGACGUCCAUCUCCCACGGCAACACAGCCCGUCGCGCCAAGGAGCACGGCGACGUGGCGCCAUCGCGGCCGACGAGAAGCGGCAUGAGCUGGCCUACACGCGGAUCGUGGGGAAGCUGUUCGAGAUCGACCCGGACGGCGCCGUGCGCGCGCUGGCGUACAUGA